CCAAGUUGUCGAACCCGCUGGCCUGAGGGCCCAAACCGGGACAAACCGCAGUCCAUCACCGAUCGCCAUGACCAUUACUACCGUCAUCAAUCAAGAACAGCAGUGGCCAAAAAGUUGUGUCGAUUCAUCGGUGGUGAAAGUGCGUCGUAAUCUGGACCACAUGGCCAUCGUCAGCGCCGGAUCGUCAAUCGUCGUCUUCAGCAGCAACAGCAGUACCCAUUCCAGUGUCAGCAGUAUCAAUGACGACAACAGACUCGAUGUCAGCAUCCUCGGCAGCACCGGUAGCAGCUAACUCAUCUAAGACUUACUCUUACUGGAGUGGAGUGGUUGGGAAGCAAACAGGAGGAGCUUCUAGAAGGGAGACAGAAUGGAUUUCCACAAGGCACCCCCACCUAGACCGCCCAGCCUUGUGGGUUCGGCUCUUACCAAGUCCAACGAUGUGUACGACUACAUAUUCAUCGACAGCGGCAGCAGCCCCGAUUCGUACCUGGCCGGAGAGCUCGGCAGUUUUGUGAGCGACGACAACAUCAGCCUGUUGCUCAAUGGCACCACGACGACGCUGGUCAACGGAAGCGACCUUGGAAAUGGCACCACCGGCCUGGGGUUGGACGAACCCCUGGCCGACGUCAUCGCAAUGGCGGUGACCUCACUCAUCCUCGGACUGAUGAUACUAGUUACCGUUAUAGGAAACGUUUUUGUAAUUGCUGCCAUCAUAUUAGAACGUAACUUACAAAAUGUAGCGAAUUAUUUAGUAGCGUCACUCGCCGUGGCAGAUUUGUUCGUAGCGUGCUUAGUUAUGCCAUUGGGUGCUGUAUAUGAGAUAAGUCGAGGCUGGAUACUGGGCCCCGAAUUAUGUGAUAUCUGGACGUCCUGUGACGUCUUGUGCUGUACAGCUUCCAUUCUACAUCUGGUGGCUAUUGCCACGGAUAGGUACUGGGCGGUGACCAAUAUCGAUUACAUGCACUCCCGCACCAGCCGCCGGGUCUUCACGAUGAUCUUCCUGGUGUGGUUCGCUUCGGUCAUUGUGUCACUGGCGCCACAGUUCGGCUGGAAGGACCCGGACUAUCUACAACGAAUAGAGCAGCAAAAGUGCAUGGUUUCACAGGACAUCGCAUACCAGAUAUUUGCGACGUGUUGCACCUUCUAUGUUCCUCUCUUAGUCAUACUAGUGCUGUACUGGAAGAUUUAUCAGACGGCACGGCGACGGAUACACCGGCGGAGGCCGAAGCAACCGGUGACGGGUAAUAACAAUCAGGAAGAAACACCGAAGCAGACCAAAUCGAAAAUACGGUUUCGCCUGAAGAAGAAAUUCAGCAAUCCGGCCAAAUCGGCAGCCUCCCAGUUGGGGCUGGUGGAAGGGAACUCAACUAACACCGUCAACACGGUCGAGGACACCGAGGGCAGCUCGAAUGCGGAGCGAAAAACGGGUGGCGUGGAGACGGCCUUCAGUAGUGACGAGGCGCCAACGGUGGCAGCGGUGGGGAACAGCCAAAUCCCAACCGUUUCCCAUGAAGUGGAACAUCGACAGCUGUCAGAGCCAACGGCAGUCGGAAUGGAAGCGAACAACAAUAAUCACAACAACAACAGCAGCAGCAAUGGCAAUUCCUCAUCGGGUGCUAACACACAACAGCUAUCGACCCAGCAACAGCACCAACACCAGCAUUCAUCGCAUUUAUCGCUUCGCCCCACGAGCAAUAAUACCCUCGUGCCCCCGAUUCAGCACUCACCUACAAUGCUCAGUGGGUCUCACACUCACAUCGGAUCGUCACAGAACAUUGCCAGCACUCCGAAUCCGCACGCCCAGGUCUCCAAACGCAAGGAAACCCUGGAAGCGAAGCGGGAACGGAAGGCAGCUAAAACCCUUGCCAUCAUCACCGGGGCUUUCGUCGUCUGUUGGUUGCCAUUUUUUCUGACGGCUCUUCUGCUGCCAUUGUGCGAGUCCUGUUAUAUCAACGACACGGUAGCGUCCCUUUUCCUCUGGCUGGGAUAUUUCAACUCCACGCUCAACCCAGUCAUCUACACCAUCUUCAGCCCUGAAUUCCGACAGGCCUUCAAGCGUAUUCUAUUCGGAACGCAUCGAAGCACCAACUAUCGGCGAGGGAAGCUGUAAUACUAGGCCACUCCAUCGAAACUCGAACCACCUUUGUGUCACUUCACAAUCACCAACCCGGAAACGGUGCAACUCGUAUAGGGCACAUUCCAUCCAUACAACGGAAUUCGACGGAUGCAGUCGAGGUAAGUGAUUUCCCACCUUUUGACUGGUGCAAUUUGGAUCCGCCAUUUUACGUUUGAAAUGAGAUUUUGUCACUGCGAGGCACUGUGGGCUGGAAAUCAAUAUUCCUAGCACUUCCAUAAUGGGCAAAAAUCAGCUUGAAAUUGAUACAAACUCAAAUAUACAUGAC